CGUUUUUCAACACUUGAGCAAAGUUUGCUUCUUGCGUCAUAUCAGUGGCUCACCUUCUUGGGUUGAAACGGAAAGAUCCCCCGCCCCCUUGGAGGCAUCUGACUUACGCUACGCUACGCCUCUACAGGGAACUCAGGGAAAUUCUGCACUUAGCUAUAUAUAUAUAUAAGAUCACAAACGGACCAUGGAAACCAUUCGACAUGUUGUGUCUGUUGAACUUGAUCGUAAUUUUAAGCUUCAUAAAUAGAGCUUACCUUUCAGAAAUUGUAGGACAAGGAGACACAAAUGUUGUGGUGGGUCAGGAUGCUUCAUUCUCUUGUACGCUGCCAAACCCGUCUGGAGUCAAACAUGUCACCUGGCAGCGGGUGCGCGCGGAUCAGUCUGUACAAAUUCUGGCUACAUUCAGCGAACGCUUCCAGGAUAAUGUGGAUAAGGAGUAUGCCAGUAAAGUCACUUUGACUCGUGCGUCAUUUAAUUCAACAUCUAUUGAGAUCAAAAACACAACAUUUGAAGAUGAGGCUUGCUACAUUUGUUCCUUCAAAGUGUAUCCGUCAGGACCCAUACGAAAGACCAUGUGCCUCACUGUUAAAGGUAUCUCAGAAAUAACAGCGGAAAUGAAUCCUUCACCCACUUCUGAUCAGGUUGUAGUCUCAUGUUCAGUCACCGGUAAACCAACUCCAAAAAUCCAGUGGAAAUCCGCAGAGAAAGAGCUGAACUUCGUGUCAAAUAAUUUCACAACACUAAACAAAGACAGUUCAACCACCAUUACAAGUAACAUCACGUUUCCACUGUCACAGUUUCAUGGGAAGUACGUAGAAUGUUUGGCUCAGAGUGACAGUGUGGAGAAGAGGUACCAAAUCUACGUGCCUCAACAAGAUGAUAAAGCGAAGAAUGCUACACAAAGGAGUUACAUCAUUACAUCGGUCAUCAUUGUCAUGACUGUUGUGGUUAUUGUAAUUUUUGUCAUCUGUCUUCACACCAAACUAAAGAGAGACAGUUUUGGUAUGAAAUCCCUUGAUGACCUAAACGAGGAAUGUUAACUCUGCAGCUUCAUAUGUUUGUUUUGUUUUUUUCCUCACGAAAAAAUUAAUUAAUUAAUUAUUUUCUUCAUGAAUAUGAAUUGUUGUAUGUUCCUUAAAGGAAUCACGAAUGUGUCUAGUAUUUAUUUAAUUUAUUUAUUUACAUAGGCCUACAUGCAUUUUACAUAUUUAUGUUUACAAUACUGUGAAGUAUUCUAUUACAAUAAUAUAUUUAAAUACACAAUAUUUUUGCCACUAUGUUAGUGUAUUUUGACCCCAGAGAACAACUGUAUAAUAGACAUGUAAUAUUCAUACUAUAACUCAUGUAUUAAUUUAUCAGAUGUAUUUGCACUUUAAGACCCAGUUGGUUGAAUGUAACGCUUGAAUGUAAUGUAAUUAUUCUAAAGUUGAGUAUGUGACAGUAAUAUAUAAAUUCAUAAAUGCAAGUUUUGAUGUUUUCCCAUGAUCCAUUUGUUGUGCAAUGACAGUGGUUUGGGGAAGGAAAAAACAUUACCUAAUACAAACCGAGAAUCUAAAGGGUAAAAAAUCUAUUCUUCAACAGUGAGUAACAAACUGAAAGUUAUGUCAUUAUUAGACACAGAUACUGUUUUGUGGUUUCCUGCAGGAAAAUCUAAAAGCUGCUUAGAGAGAUUCCUAGUUUUGUUACUAUUGUUAGUAUUUGUACUUUGUUCACUGCAGUAACAAGUAAGUAGUAAGUAAGUGUUUAGCUGGCAAGAAUGACUGGCAAGUAAAUCAUAAGUGUAUAAAGUUACAUAUUUGUGUUUGUUACAUGUUAUAUGUAUGUUUAUAAAACGGUUAGUUCCUGUCCUUGAUUCUGAUUGGUCAAUAGCUGUGUUUUAUUCACGAUAAAACACGGCUAUGACCGCUUCACCCAACGGUUCUGUGUAUCACUACACAACCCCCUUAGCAACCACUCUUAGCAACGUAAACUAUGUUCUCAAUUGAUAUUGUUCAUUUAAGCUUAAGUUAUAAGCUAACUGUAUUAUGUAGAAGAGUAUUGUGAGAAAGAGGUCGAGUGAGCGAGUUUAUUACCUGCAUUCAGAUUUAGCAUUUUCCUUCAGGUCAGUUCUAUGUUCAUAAUAAAAAAUCUGUUUAAAUGUC